AUGACGUGUGCUGGAGGAACCAUUCUAGGCUUUGCAAUCUGGAUUCGUUUCAAUGAAGAUUUCUUCAAGCAAAUUCCGGAGGAUGCCGGUAUAGGCGUCUACGAUGGGACCUAUAUAUUCAUGGCCGCUGGAGGCGCUAUAAUGAUCGUGGGAUUUUUCGGUUGCUGUGGCGCCAUCAGAGAAAGUGUGUGUCAGUUAUCUAUGUAUUUCGUCAUAGUUUUCAUCAUAUUCUGCGCUGAGAUAGCUGCCGGUGUAUGGAUGUACAUUGAGAAAGAUAAGAUAGGAGAGUCAGCUGGGGAUUAUUUCGACAAACUGGUCCAAGAGAAAUAUAGCGGAGAUGUUUCCAUUCAGCUACUGGUAGACUACACACAAAAGAGGUUUGGUUGCUGUGGAGCCAGUGGACCUGACGAUUGGGCGUUAUCGAAUCAACCCAUUCCAGAGUCAUGUGGUCGUAACUGUACAGAGGGUUGCUUUGAGUCAGUUGAUAGUGAAUCAGUUGAUAAUGACACGUAUACACAUGAUGAGGGUUGUAAAGGCAAGAUAAUCGCCAUACUUCAACAAAACCUGUACAUAGUUGGGGUUACCUGUGCAACCGUCGCCAUCGUAGAAGUACUAGCGAUGAUCCUCACAGUGUUCCUAUGCAAGAGAAUAAGACGAGAGAUAGAUGAAGAAGACGAGAAACCUUAUAAUGCUUAGGAUUGAAUGAAUAAUAAGGAACGUACAUUCGAUGCGGCCGGCCAAAUCUGGGGCCGUUUCACGAAACUUCUUUAAGUACAAGUUUGCCGACAUCUCAUUGCAAUUCGUGUAGACUCAAUACACGCGUUUCAAUAGGACGUCGGCGAACUUGUUCUCCUGGGAGGUGUUUCACACAACUUGUCAUCAGUGACAAAUGACAGUUUUUGUUAUAAGCUACUGAAAUCCUUGAUUCUGAUUGGUUAUCAACAGAUUUGUCACUGAUAUUUGUCAUUUGUCAUUGAAAAAAGGAUUUGUGAAACGGGUCCCAGAAGGUUUCAUGAAACGCUGCCAUAGUUUAUGCUUCUACGAUGUAUGAUGGGCCAAAUGUCAAUCUCUCUCAUUAAUAUAAAUUCUGUAACAAAGUAGGAUGGUCUAGGAGACCAAUAUUUCAUGAGACCAAUAGGUUUGUUUCAUGAUCCCGUUUAACUCUUAUCAUGCCACAGGACUAAUCCCCAUUGUGCCAAGCCCCGAAUCCCCCUGUACCAGGUUGUUUUGGAGAUAAUCUGAUUAAUGCGAUGGUUC